AUGACGUUGGAGACGAGUGAUAUAAAAGAGGUGUGCGAGGUCUCCAAGGCGGAUUCUGAGAGAGAAUGCGUCUUGGUCUCUGUCGCACGGGAGGAUAAGAUGAAGCUCGGAGACUGCAAUGGCAUUGCAUGCGGAGAAGGAAAAGAGGUGAGCGAGCCCACGAAGGACGACGUUGACGGGUCGUACGUCUUCGUGAAUGACGAGUCUGAUGAUUCUAACGAGAGAGAUCUGGAAAUGGAUGUCAAAUCAGAUUACUCUGUUGACCAAAGGCCAGAGUCUGGCCCGGAAACUGACGACUUGUCUGAAAGGGAUCUUGAUGCCGAAGGCAGAGUACAGAAGGGAAUAUCCGAGGGCCAAUCCUGCUUGGUGGAGAACGUUAUCUCCAUGCCGAUUUCUGGUGAAGAGGUAGAGGUGGUAUCAUCAGGCGAUAAGGAGUCUUGUGAUUCGAAUGAUGAGAGAGGGGAUCUGAUCUUAUUAGAGGUUGAGGAAGAAAUUUGUGAAAAAUUUGAGAACGGGGAAGUGACCUCAGAGAAUGAACAUGAAUGUAAGGAGAUGAAUGCCUUGCAUAUAGAUGUGGAGAAUGCAGCCAAUGACAUCAGGAGGGAUCCAUCCACGGUUGAUAUGAUUGAGGGACACAAACCAUUAGAACCAGUUACCGAGAUGCAGAUGUAUGAGGAAUCGUUUGUCAAUGUUUCUUCCUACUGUGGUGGGUUCAACAAAGACGUCAUUGUGAAUAGCAAGUCUGAAGACCAAGUGGAUGGUAAGUCUCUUAGCGCAAUCACUUUUGACGUAAAAGAUGAGAACUCCAAAUAUGAGGUCGAGAGGACAGAUGGAUCUGCAAGACUAUCGCUUGAGAAUGAAAAGGAAGCAGUGACAUCUACCACUGAUGACAACUUUCCAGGGUCUACAAUUCUGGCUGCAGUAAAGGAUGGAUCCGGUUCAUUUCCUCCUCAGACAGUGGAGAUGCUGACAACAAAGAAAGAGGAUGAUGUUCCCGCAGCAGAAAAGUCUGAAGUUGUGACGGUCAAAGAUGAAUCAGCUCCAUUGCCUCCCCAAUCCGAGGAGGUCCUGGCAUCAAAUAUAGCAGAGGAUGUUCCAGCCACAGAACAGUCUGAUGCUCUACUAGUUGCAGCGACAGAUGAAUCUGAUUCGUUGACUUGCCAAACUAAGGAAGUUCUGGUAUCCAAGGCAAUGCAGAAUGUUCAAGCCGCAGAACAGUCUGAAAUUGUGUCAUUGGUGACGGGUGAAGUUGAUUCACUGCCUCCGGAGAGUAAGGAAUUGUUGGCGUCAAGUGAAACUGGGGAUGCUCCAGCAGCAGAACAGCUGGCUGUUGGAGUAGACGGAUGUGAUUCAAGGGCUCCUGAGAGUGAAGAAUUUCUGGUGUCAAAUAUAGUGGACGUUAUCCCAGAAACAGAGCAGCCUGAAAAUAUGGUUGCAGAGAGAACUAAAUCUGAUUCGUCACCACUCGUGACUGAGGAAGAAAUGGCGCCAUCAAUUGUAAUAGAGAGUGCUCCGGCAGCAGAACAACCUAUAAUUGUUGUUGGAGAGGGAACUGAGUCUCAAUAUCUUGUGAGUGAGAAGAAAAUGGUGGCAUCAGAAUUAGAAGAGAAGAUUCUCAGUUGUAUGGAACCAGAAUUGGGAAAUGAAGCUACUGAAAUUCUAGUUGAUACUCCAGAGGGUUCAAGAACCGUUGAUGACAAGGGAUCAGAAGCAAUUUUUGUGAACUCUGACGAAAAUUCAAAGGGUGAUGAGCAAAUAAUUAUCAAAGAGUUUUCUGAGCCCAGGGAAGAUAUUUCUGCCUCCUCAUUGAAUGAUACUGCUUCCUAUACUAAAAUGGAAGUUAUUUCCAACGAAGACAGGAUGUUUCCUUUUUACUCUGGAAAUGCCAUCAAAUCUGAAACACAAAUAACAAACGACUUACUUAAGAGUCAGGAUAGUGUGACUAGUCCUGACGUGGAAGCUAGAUGGUCUGAACGCGUAGAAAGUGCAUCUCCAUUUUCCGAUAGUGAAACUAAAGCAGUCACUGAAAUUAGCACUUUGAUAUUUGGGACUAGCACAGGCACGGUCAGCUACAAUACAGACGGCAGAAAGAUGGAAUAUGAGGUUGAAAGUGAGCCUAGCAAACCUGGAGAACAUGUAAGUGAUUCUAUCGAAGAGAGUGAGUCAACAAAUAAAGAUGAUCCCAACAGACUUGCUGGUGCAGAAGAGGAUGUCACUGAACAGACCCGUGAAAUUCAGGAUGCACCGGUUCCUACAGACGAGCUCGGUAGCUCAUCUUUGCAUCGACAAAAAGUUGAUACAAAAGAACAGCAAAUUUUCAUUGCUAGAAUUCCGAGGUUCUCUGACAGUAAACUAAAGAUGAAGAUAGAACAUGCGCAACGAGAAGUUGAUGAGAAGACUAAGAAUAGGGAUUCAAUAAGAGUUCAAAUGCAAAACCAGAAGGUAUGAAUGCUUAUACUAUUUCUUUUGCCCUCUUUUCCAUCGUUUCUCAUUUACCGAGGCUACCUGUAUUAUUUUCUAUUACUAGGCUGUUUGUACGGAGUACUGGUUGAAGAUUGAAGAUGCAAGAAAAGAAGAAAGAGCAAGUAGGGACGCUGUCACUUGCAAGCGUCAAGAGAUAGAUUCUAUUCAGUCAAUCCUUGGCAAACUCAAGAAUGCGCAUUCUAUUGCUGACAUUGAUAAGAGGGUGAGAAAUAUCAAUGAAUUAGAACCAAUUUAAUAUUUAAUGUGGUUUCUUAUCUCGUACAUUUCUUGACAAACAUCUUUGUUUGAGUGGAAGCAGAUACAUAAUUUGCAGCAUAGGAUAAGUCACGAGACAAAUACCCUGAAAGAAGAAAAAAUGCUAAUGCGGGAAAUCAGCCAGCUGAAACAAAGCCGCGAUCAUCUUUCUUCUAGCCUGGGAUCAGAGGAGGAACUCCAGGAGGCAUUGGAUAACCAAGGACAGAUGGAAACUCAAAUCCAGGUUCUAAUUGCUAUCUGAUUUGAGUAUUCAUGAUUUUUCUGGUAACAACAUUCCGAUCUUCUCAAAGAAGCUGUCUUUCUCUGCAGCAUCUGAAGGAGGAAUUAGAUCUUCUUAGAAAAAAGGUACAACACGCUGAAGGUGAUACGAAGGCUGCCAGGAGUAGCUACGAAAAACAGCAUGAGCUUUUGAGAGAUCUUCAAGCCAAGUUUAAAGCUGCUGAUGAUCUUCGUCAACAAGCAUACACGAACUUGAGAGAUCUCAAGAAAGAAUCAUAUUUAAAGGUAUGCCCACUACUUUAAUCUCCGAAUAUUCCAGACGUUGACCCGCGUCGAUUUCUAUUUCAAGACUUUUUCUUUCUCCAGGACCAGACCACUGUCUCAUGCUUUAUGCACGUGUUUUCUUCCUUUAUCUUGGACUCUUGCAUGGUGCCUUUUCUUGUUCGUCAUUUAUCAUCUUUCCAAGGCAGGAUGCUCAUGGGAAAUGGAGAGAGCAACCCUGAAGGGUGAUUUAAUCUGAGAAAUAUGUUUAGACGAGAAGGAUAUGCGCUGUUCUUGGGCAACGGUUCUCAAGAACAAAAACACAAACGGAGCAAUAAAAUCAGAUUAUCAUCACUGAAAUGUGCGUCAUAAAUUAGGAAAAAAACCCAUUUCAUUUUAUUUUAUUUUUUCAUUUCCUAAAGUAAAAUAUAUCAUUCACCUGAGACACGCCAUUAAGUUCUCAACAGAUCAUUAAAUGGAAAUGUCAACGUCCCGCCUUUUAUUUAUUUCAUGCAUUCACUGAAGUCACGUGUUGAGUUCAAAGCAGUGAUUGUUGCAGGGUUGACCAUAAUGGCCCCCGGCCCAGAUGAUUUUCACGUCACCUUAUUUAGAUAUUUUAGCUUCAAGAAAAAUUCCCGAGCGUGGUUUUGACUUUUUGUAUUUAUGAAUUAUUUUGGUCAACUAAUCUCACACCGUUGUUGUUAUAUCUUUGCUCUUCAGAACCAAUAUUUUUACUCGUACAAGGACGAUUUGAAGGCUGUGAGCGGCUACAACGCCUCCAAGGACAAGCAGGCCCUCCGCUCUUACUGCAUUCAACAGGUAGCGACUUACCCUCCGUCCAAUUAGUCAGCGGCAGCGCCGCCGCGGCGUUGACCUUUUAUGAGUCUCACAGGUGGAGAAGAUCAUGGAUAUGUGGAACAACGACGACGAAUUCCGAAGGCAGUACGUUGAGGCCAACACUCUGAGCACGGUGAGGAGAUUCAGGACAUUUGAUGGGAGAUCGCUGGGUUUCGACGAGGAGCCGGCCGCCUUCCCCACCGCCGCAACGGUCCAAGCAGAAGAGGUCAGCACCGCCGACGUUCAACCGCCGGCCAAAACCGACGGCGACGUCCCGCCGGCCCCCGCCGGCGGCGGCGGCGGCGGAGAGAGAGCCCAGAAAGGGGGUUCAUCCGGCGAGCCGGCAUUGACCCGGGAAUCCAAGGCUCCCAAGCCGGCGGCGAAGGAGGUCGUCCGCGGCGGAGACGGCGGCGAGGAGGCGGCGGAAACGGAGAGGAAGAAGAAGAAGAAGACGGCGGAGGAAGAGGAGCUUGCGAGGAAGGCGGAGGAGUUGGCACGGAGGGAAGAGGAGCUGAGGAAGGAGAAGCUGGCGGCGGAGCUGAGAGAGCGCCACCGCCUGGAGCAGAUUGCCAAGGCGAAGGACGCCGAAGAGCGAAAGAGGCGGCAGGCCGAGAAGGCGCAGGCCCGAGCGGAGAUGAGAGCUCAGAAGGAAGCCGAGCUCAGAGAAAAGGUACCUCCAAGCUCCACCCAUCCCCAUUCAACGCCCCCAUCAAUUCCUCGCCUGAGAAGUGAGAAAUUCCCUCAAAUCAUGCAGAAGAAGGCGAAGAAAGAGAAGAAGAAGAUGAAGAAGAAGAAGCAGAGCAAGGCCGCCCCCGCAGACGAAGAGCCCCCCCGCCAGGAGGAGGAAGAAGAAGAGACAGAAGGCGACCCAGCGGAGAAGCCCGCCACCGCAGCCACCGCCGCCGCCGCCGGCGGGAAGGCUCUCCGGCCGCCGGUGAGGCACACGAGGGACUUCCUCAAGCUGAAGCCCCUCCCUCCGCCGCUCCGCAACAGGGGGAAGAGGAAGCUCCAGCCGUGGCUGUGGGCCGCCGUCGCCGCCCUGCUCGUCGCCGCCCUGUUCGCCGCCGGCAAGUACAUCUCCCUCUCCAAGCUCCGCCGAUCCGCGUGA